AUGUUUCAAGUUUUCUUCACUCUUCUACUUCUUCUUACUCUUCAAUGCAAUCAAAUUCAUACGAAAAAUAUUUCGAAUGAAACAACAACGACAACAAAAAUACCGGAAAAGUUAGUCACAAGCAAUGUUAAUCAAGAACGAUUGACCAUUUUAUUGUGCGAACAACGUGAUAAACCUUAUUUUCUUCCGCAUAAGUCGAAUAUCAGUCAAUUUUAUGUAUGUGUCAAAGGACAGUUAUUUCUACUCAAUUGUCCAUCGGGUUACAGAUUUGACGAAGAACAUAAUCAAUGUGUUCAUAAAACAAUCGAAAAUGCAACUAAACAAAAGCCAAAUAAGCCUGUUUUGACUCCACAUGAAACAAAUUGUGGUUGGUAUUAUGUUGAACGCGAAGCAACAGGUGAACGUGUUCUGAAUAGUUGUCCGAUGCCACAACUAUUUGAUAUUUCAACAUUCGAGUGUAAAAAUUAUACCGAAGUCAAAUGUAAAGAUCGUUUUGAACCGAAAGAUGCUUGCGAUUAUCAAAUCCGGUCAGCCGCUCAUUCGUAUCCAUGUUCGUAUCUACCGAGUUGUAAAAAUCGCCCAGAUGGUUUAUAUCCUGAUCGUUUACGUGAUUGUCGCAUGUACUUUCGGUGUACGUCAGAACGAAGUUCCGAGUCUUAUUCAUGUUCACAACAUAUUUUACCCUUUGGCGAACGAUUUAGUUUCGAAGAACAACGCUGUCUACCCGCACAAUUCGUCGAAUGUAUCAAUGAUCAACAAAAACCGAUGAUUUGA